AUGACAGAAAAGAAUAAAGAUUUACCAAAGAAAGUUGGACCUAAACCAUUGUCUUCGUUGAAGAAGAAACCAAGGGAUCACGAUGAAGAUGAAAGAAUGGGUUAUUCUACAACUACAACAACAACUACAAGCAAUGCCAGUAAUGCUUUCAGUGGUGGUGGUGGUAGUGGUAGUAGUAGUGCUGCCAACAAAAGAAAGAGAAUACCUUCCGACUCUUCCAAUACACCUUCACAUUUGAAUGGUAUUGAUAUAGUGAUACCCGACAUCCUCAAGAAACAACUGGUAGAUGAUUGGGCAAGUGUAAAUAAUGAUAAAUCUGUAAUGUAUACAUCAGUAGGUGUGCUACUAUUAUACAAAUUCGAAAGACCGCAAUAUGGUGAAAUGUUAAAGUGUUAUCCGAAUAAGCCAAUGUCAGAGAUAUAUGGUGCAGAGCACUUGUUAAGAUUAUUUGGUAAGAUUGCUAUUGGUUUUAUAAAUCCUUUCUAA